UUGGUGGUGAGUAAAGAAAACCCUUCCAAAUGGAUGUGUCAAAACAAGAACCAAGUGAAUUAGUGAAACCUCUAACGCCAUUCGAGAGGGGAAAAUGGAACAACAUAGACAAAACUACUGCAUUUGUUAUCUUCUUUAUACACAUACCUUGUAUUUUUGGACCAUUUCAAUUCACUUGGGGUGCGUUUUGGGUUGCCUUCGUAUUAUAUGUUAUCACAGGUCUUUUCGGUAUAACUAUUUCAUACCAUAGACAUCUUUCACACAAGAGUUUUAAACUUCCUAAAUGGUUGGAAUAUUUGUUUGCUUAUUGUGGCGUUCAUGCAUUACAGGGUGAUCCGAUGGAUUGGGUGAGUACGCAUAGAUGUCAUCAUCAAUUUGUUGAUACCGAAAAAGAUCCUCAUAGUCCUAUCGAAGGAUUUUGGUUUAGUCAUAUUGCUUGGACAUUAGAUUCAUACCUUUUGACAAAAAAAGUUUGUCCAAAGUACUUUAGAGAUUUUAAAGGGAUGGAAAGAAACAUGUUGAUGUUGAAUUUGAAGCAUGGGAGACCAACUAAUGUGGUUGACUUGGAAAAACAAAGUUUUUAUAGGUUUAUUCAAAAGACAUAUUUUCUUCAUCCAAUUGCUCUAGCGGUAGUGCUCUAUGCUAUUGGAGGAAUCCCUUUUGUUAUAUGGGGAAUGUUUGUGAGGGUCACAAUGUUUGUACAUGUAAUGUUUAUGGUAAAUUCAAUAGGUCAUAGAUGGGGAACACGGCAAUGGAAUACAUCUGAUUUAUCUACAAAUAAUUGGUGGUUAAGUUUGCUUUCAUUUGGAGAUGGAUGGCACAAUAACCACCAUGCUUUUGAAUAUUCAGCUAGACAUGGACUUGAAUGGUGGCAAAUUGACUUUAGUUGGUAUGUUAUUAUGUUUCUUCAAGCCAUUGGAGUGGCCACUGAGGUCAAAUUACCCACUCAAAGUCACAAGGAAAGAUUGGCUAUGCACAAACUAAAAGAUGACACUCCAAAAUGAUGUUUUACACAUGGAAAUGCCAAUGCUUCUAAAUGCUUUAGAAUAUGGAAUAAAACUAUGCAUGUAUCAAUUAGGUUCCUAUUUCUACUAGGCUGUAAUCCAAAUAUAUGAUAUUAUAGUAUUAUAUUUGUAUAAGUCGUUCUAAUAAAAUGAUGAAUUAUACUCAAAAUUAUACCCAAAUCCAAAUAUAUGAU